UCUACCAGCACAUUAGUACUAACACACUACUCAAAAUUAAACCACAAAAUGCCUUCUCAAAGCAAAGAGGCUUCCAUGAUCACCGCCAAAACCAUGCUAUCAACCGCGGCAUCUCUUGCUGCCUCCAUUGUUGUUGUCCGCACUAUCAUCAAUGAUGUCCUUCCCAACUCACUCCGCCACCACAUUCUCAACUCCUUCCACAACCUCUUAGGGCGCCACUUCUCUUCUCAACUUACUAUCAUCAUCAAAGAGUACAAUGGCUUCUUCCCCAGUGAAAUAUACCAAGCCACUGAAACCUAUCUAAGCACCAAGAUUUCCCCAAACACUCGUCGGCUAUAUGCAAGCAAGAUGGAGGGUGAGAAGACCUUAGAAAUUACCAUGCAUCAAGGAGAAGAAAUUAUAGACACUUUCCAAGGUGUUCAUUUCAAGUGGAAAUGCAUAUGUCACCAAACACAACAUGAGAUUCCAACCCCAUCAAACUAUCACUAUAGAGGCUCAAUCAUGUCCUCGGAGGAAAGAACCUUUGUGGUCUCAUUCCACCAGAAACACAAAUCUAUGGUUCUUGAGUCUUAUUUUCCUCAUAUACUUAGCCAAGCUAAAGCCAUCAAGAAUAAAGGCAAGGCUAUUAAGCUCCAUGCUGUGAGGCAUGAUCGUGUGCAUCGGCCAAGGAGUGACAUGUGGUCGGCGGUAAACCUAGACCAUCCGGCAACGUUUGAGACGGUGGCCAUGGAGCAGAAUCUCAAGCAAGAACUCAUGGCGGAUUUGGAGAGGUUUGUGAGGAGAAAGGAGUAUUACAAAAAAGUAGGUAAGGCUUGGAAGCGUGGUUAUUUACUUUAUGGGCCGCCUGGAACAGGGAAGUCUAGCUUGAUUGCUGCUAUGGCCAACUUUUUGAAGUUUGAUGUUUAUGAUUUGGAGCUCACUGCUAUACACUCAAAUUCUGAGCUGAGAAAAUUAUUGGUUAGCACUGCUAAUAGAUCUAUACUAGUGGUGGAAGAUAUAGAUUGUAGCAUAGAGUUGGAAAAUAGGAAGGAGGUUUCGGAAAUAGUUCCGAGGAUAGUGCAUUCCUCUUGGCAUGGUGGCUUCAACCAAGAGAAGAUAACUCUUUCGGGACUUCUUAAUUUUAUUGAUGGUUUGUGGUCAAGUUGCGGUGAUGAAAGAAUUAUCAUCUUUACAACCAAUCACAAAGAUCGCCUUGAUCAUGCAUUGCUACGUCCAGGAAGGAUGGAUAUGCACAUUUACAUGGGAUAUUGUAGCCCUUGUGGAUUCAAAAGUUUACUCUCCAAUUACCACAGUGUAGAAAACCAUAGACUUUGUGAAGUUAUUGAAAGGCUUAUUCAAGAGAUUGAAGUCACCCCAGCUGAAGUUGCAGAAGAAUUGAUGAAAAGUGAUAUUGUAGAUGUGGCACUUGAAUGUCUCAUCAAAUUCUUAGAAAAGAAAAUGAUUGAACCAACUGAAUCCAAAGAUAAAGUCACGAAAUUUGAGAGUGAUCAAGGAGAAGAAGCUAUAGAAAUUGAGAAAGAUGAAGAGUAAAGAAGAUCUACAGAUUUAUUAUUUUUUUUUUUAGAAAGAGAAAUAAAAGUAGUUCAUCUUUCAUAUGUAAAUUUUCUUUAAUCCAUGGACAUUUUAC